CCUUCCCAAUAUAGCAUUGUUGAGCGUGUUGAUAGCGCCAAAAUUUCUGGUUUUUAGUUUUCUUUUACAAUUAGUUUUUAAUUAAAAAGCACUUCACAUCUGUUCAGACCUAAGCGAGGAAUAUAAACAUAAGCGCUGAAUAAGAGUCAUUAUGUCAUUCUUUGGUGGCAACACAUCUCUGGGUGCGACUAGCACGCCGGCUAAACCGGGCGGUAUGUUUGGCUCAGCGUUUGGUGCGACAAGCGGAACUGCGGCACCGGCUUUUGGAAGCAAUAUAUCAACGUCUGCGUUUGGUAGCGCACCCACAGCCUUCGGUGCUCCAACAAGUGCACCCGCUGCAACACUGGGCAGCGGAUUUGGUGGCUUUGGCACGACAGCACCGACAAAUCAGCCCAGCUUAUUUUCAACACCCGCAAGUUCGGCUCCGCCUGCUUUCAGUGGGUUUGGACAGCUGCCAACGUCGAGCAACGCGCCUGCUAGCGGAUUCUCCGGAUUUGGAGCAACAACGACCACAACACCAGCAUUUGGGGGCUUUGGCACCAGCCAGACGUCAGCAUUUGGUGGCAGCACUUUUGGAUCAUCAGCUUUCGGAAAACCAGCUGCGCCGACAGUGACUCCCGGCUUUGGAGGCUUUGGCGGUACAAACUUUAUGUUGGGACAGCCACAGCAGCAGCCUGUCCCAAUUUCAGCGGAUGAAGCGUUCGCGCAGGCCAUUCUAAACGUCUCCAUCUUUGGCGAUGAGCGUGAUAACAUUGUAGCCAAAUGGAACUAUCUGCAGGCAAUGUGGGGCACUGGCAAACUAUUUUACUCCCAAAGUGCAGCUCCAGUGGACAUUACGCAGGAGAAUUACUUAUGUCGUUUCAAGGCUAUUGGCUACAGUCGCAUGCCUGGCAAGGACAACAAGCUGGGGCUUGUCGCACUCAACUUUGAUCGGGAGUUAGCAACGAUUAAGACGCAACAGCAACAGAUUGUACAAACCCUGCACAGUCUUAUGGGCAGCAAGCCAAAUCUUUUGGUGCACAUCGACGUUCUCAAAGAGCUGGAGAAUAAAAAGUGCCAAAUGGUUAUCUAUGUGGAGGAGAAAGUGCAGAUUCCACACGGUCCACAUGAUAGCAAGCGGAUACUUGCCACUGAGCUGGCCGCUUAUUUAAAUCAGGCAACAGUGAAGCCACAAUUGACGAAUCUGGGAUUGACAGAAGCCUUGGCACUUACGCUACCCGAUGAGGAUCAAUUGAAAGAAUACCUAGAGAACCCCCCGCGCAGCGUUGACCCACGCAUGUGGCGACAGGCCAAUUUAGACAACCCAGAUGCCAGUCAAUUUAUACCUGUGCCCAUGAUUGGCUUCAACGAUUUGAAAUGGCGUGUCAAAUGCCAGGAACAGGAGACCGAAACGCAUGCGCUGUACAUGAAGAAGGUGGAAGGCGAGUUACAGGAACUGCGGCGACGCCAUGCUUCCGCAACAGCCAGGAUAAUGGAGCACAAACGGAAGUUGGCCGAAAUGAGCCAUCGCAUACUAAGGAUUGUUGUGAAACAAGAAUGCACCCGUAAGGUGGGCACCACAUUGACGCCCGAGGAGGAGGCACUGCGCACCAAGCUGCAGAAUAUGCAGGCUGUUGUUUCUGCGCCCACUCAGUUCAAGGGCCGGCUGAGCGAGCUACUCUCCCAGAUUCGUAUGCAGCGCAGUCAAUUUUCUAGCACUGGCCUGCCGGAAUAUGCAUUAGAUAAAAGCGCCGAGGAUGAGAUGAGGACCAUAAUGACAAUGCAGCAGCGCGCCAUGGAAGUGCUGAAAGAAACAGUUAACAAAGACAUGGAAGCACUGGAUAUUAUCAUAAAAGGUUUGCCCGAGUUACAGCAAACAUGAUCCCCCCAUACGAACAGUGCCGAAAUUAUAUAGUUGUUUGUCUAAUAUAGAGUCAAUGAACAAGAUGUAAUCGUUACAAAUUGUUAA